AUGUAUAACAUUUUAAUAGAUAGCUUUCAGACCAUGGUUAACAAUCAUCAGUCAAUUGCCCCGGCCCCAUCCCUGGAAUAUACCAAGCUUUUAAGAAGGCUCACCGCUAUGGAGGAAAGCCUCAAGAUCAUGGAUUCAAAUAUUGGCAUUGUCAUCAAGGGGAACAAAGAUUCAUUGGAAAUACUUGAUAGCAUUGCCAAUGCCUUUGGAGAACUUCUUGCAGUUAUUGCUUCUACUACUAUACCUGCUUCUGCUUCUGUCCCUUUUGCAGCUUCUUCCAUUGGCUCUACUCUAGAUUGGUAUACAACACCUUCUGAGGCUUUUUUUGGUAUCUCUUCUGCUGCUCCUUCUGUUGGUCCAGUGGUUCUUACUGGUGCAAACGCUGGUGAACUUAGUAAACAGUAUCGCACUAGAGUUUUAGCUCUUAUCCCAGGAGAGUUGAAGAAACACAAUUUCAAAUCAAAAAAGCUGGAACUAGUUGCAGCUAAUGACAGCAAGCGCAGUUGGGAUGUUAAUGUUGAUUACAGACUUCCACCCAACAGACAGCUGAUGCAUGACCUUCAUGCAUACCUGGCUCCAAAGCAUUUUGACCGUCACGAGCUGACCUACCAUACAUUCAAGGCUGAAAUUAAUGUGAAGGUGGGUAAGAGCUGCGACGGACUCUUACAGAAAGAAGCAAUGUCUGAGGGCGAAUCUGAAGACGAUAUGCUUGGAGUCUCAAGCAACCAUGCGAUUUGUACAGUGCGUCCAAGUUGGAGAAGCGAUGAGUACAAUCACUUUCUUGCGGUUGUUGAUGAUUUUAUGCGUAAUUGCAUGGACUUCAAUUCGCGUCAGAUGUUGAAGAGGUCCUUUGGUAGAGAUGCUGUUUUAGCAGUCCUGCCUAGAUUGACGUCCCUUCUCCCUCACUGGGCUUUUAGAGAUGAGUUUCAAUAA